AUGUUCUCGGUUCUCGAUUCAGCUCAUGGUGAGCUCCGAAAGCACGUUCGCUUCAGCAAGUAUGGUGUUAUUGUUCUCAACACCUAUGGGUCCUCGGGUUCUGUAGGUUUGGUUAUGAUACCCAUGUAAACAUUGAAGGAGUCAAACUUGUCGAACGGUCCUUUUCGCUUAUUCAUCAUCUAAGUACGGCAGCGAAGGGUGAAAAGACAGCCACUGCUGUCGCGUAACUUUUUUCUUUAUUCAACAAUUCGCCUGCCCUCUCCCUAAGUGGAAUUUUGGUCAUUCGUCACAAAGUGGCUUGUAGAAAAGUGAGUAAUUUUGUGAAUAUCUUUUGUAGCUUUGCCUUUACUACAUAUAAGGAGUAAAGCGACGAAAACAUCAGAAAAAUUGGCAGGGAUUUGCGUUCCUUUAUUCCUUACUAAAUAUUGGGUUAUGUAGCCUCCUCUGUUUGCCUUGAAAAUAAGGUUUCCAAAAUUGCUAAAUUACUGCAAGUCAUGAAGAAUCAAUUGGAGUCGCGCGUACCAAGACAAACACUAGAAGCUGCCGCAACCGACUAACUCUUCUACUUUUUGCCUCUGUCAACUCACUAGGGGAUUGAAGGGGAUUUAGAUUCCCUCACUCUGAAUACCAAAAGUUGUAUCGUCCUCACUUCGUAGUCAUUCGCAAGCCUUUUCCGUGAUUUCCAGACGUCGGCAUUUUUCCUCACGACCUUCCAGGAAACUCCGGUGGCGUUGGCUGCGUGAGACUUUCAAUCCUCCCGUAGGAACUGGUCGCCCAAAUGCAGUGUUCGUACUCUUUAUUCCUGCAUCUGAGGACCGUCUCCGUUACUUCUAUACCCGUUGCAAAUCAAAUUUAUGCCAGCGCCUUGUGCAGGAAAUUCAAUCGAGUCGUUAAAAGCAUCACACAGAGUUGGGCACUUAGCAUAUGACUCAUCACCGGCAGUGAACCAGGGUAAAAUCGCUAGGCUGCCGGUUAAUUGGCAAGCGCGUACGUGGUGGUGGUGGCGUGAAUGAUGGUGACGACACCAAUUAGGAUUUCAUGGUUGCCAUGACUGGUGUUGAAUCAGCUGUUGAUGCUAACACCCUGAUUUUACGCCUGUUGCAUCAAAUACUCCCCCAUUGUACCCCCUCGUUGUAUACGCAGACGUUUCAAGGAUAGGUUUGCCUACUUGGUCUGCGCGAGGUCACUAGUUGACUGCUAUGACAGAGGAUAGGAUUGGGGGAGGGGGGGGGGGCAGACCUCACUUAUUAGUGGGCUAAGGGACCUGGCAAGUCACAUUCUUUGUGCAAACAUGAACGUCGAUAGUUGUAGCACUAAAUAAUUGACUGAUACACAGAUCUCGAUGAACGCCUAGAGCGCAUUCUUCACACGUGGAGUGCUAUUUACCCUCAGCCCUGUGCAAUCCUUGUCGCCACAUUCUGCUUUAUUCUACCAGCCAGGAGAUUUGAGCGCUCUUCUCAGCAGCCCCUAUAGCACCUUUGUACGUUCGUUCCAGAGAUCCUAUGGCAGUCAUUGCAGGGUAUUACCGCCGCUACUGCUGCUGUUAGCAACCCCUGCCCUACCCUACUGCCGGCCAUUAUCUUCUCGUGGCUGGGCUUUACGGGCGUGAUAGUGCCUAUGCUCUUCUCAUUGUUCAUGCUAGUGACGCUGAUAGGGAGGAUGAGGCCACUAUGUGUCCACUUGAGGCAAAACGACGCUGUUAGAAAUCCUCUAUGCGUGCGUCCGAGUUUCAUCAUCAGCAGCCGUCUAUGGUGCGUGUACGCAUUCCUCACACUGGGCGUCAGCCCUUCUCUGCUGCCGCCUAGUCCACUGUGUGACUCACCGUGAUAUUCACUCGCUCAGUGCCUCAGGGGACAUUUUCCGUCACGCCCAAAUGAGUUUGCCGGUGGGCACACGCAACCUACAACCGCCUGGCUACUUCCUAUUCUCUACGUCACCGCCCGCGCAUAUUGUAUGCGUCUAUGCGUGCUGUACUCUCCACCCUCUCUUUCAGCGUGUGGAUGAGAACUGGAGCAAAGGCCUCUACCGUCUGAUCCGCAUACCGUGCCGCAGUGACACCACCAAGGGCGUCUACUGUUUGCAGUACGAUUCGGAGAAGAUUGUCAGUGGUCUGCGCGAUGACACAAUCAAAAUCUGGCGUCGUGUAGGCUCGCACGCCAGAAGUGGCGCCUCGGUAGGAGGGCGCCUGAAACCGGGGAUGGGUGCUGGCACGAGUACCUCUGCUGGUGUUGCGGCUGCUACCUCCUACAGUCCAGGCGGGAGUACAGUCCGACAGGUGAGGGAGCCCACGUCGGCUUCAACGUGGACUCCUGGCCAGGAGCAACCAGCGUUGCCCGAGGACGAGGCCGUUGGUGCCGAUGCCGCCGCCGGCGGCGAACACCAGGUGCCACCGGUCGGUGAGGCGCAGGUAGCCGCAGACUCCGACGGCUACGAAUGCACUCAGGUAAGCCAGAGCUGUCUUCACUUUGUGGUGUAUUACGGGCCCCACGAACGAGCUGCCUAGUUGCGCCAGACCCAACAUGGAGCUAGAUUUAGCGAAAGUGAAAUGUCUAAUCGGUUGCCCCGGUAUCGUUGGAUGGUUAGUGUGGAAAAAGAGUGGGGUUGAUGCUGCACAAGUCACCACGCGGUCAUCAUCGGGUGCAUUUGGGGCAUGAGUAGGAAUCGAGCAUUGAUACACACGAACCAUACUGUGUGAUUCGAAUUGUGCGCGAGUUCAUCUUCCAGUUUGUUGUUUGGUCAAUUUCUGAGAGUUUGCUGCUGACCCCUUAUACUAUGAGUCUGUUUUAUGCACGCCUUCCUUCAUAGGUACUCGAGGGUCACACUGGCUCGGUCCUCUGCCUGCAGUAUGAGGGCAAUCUCCUCAUUAGCGGUUCCAGUGAUUCCAGCGUCCGCCUGUGGGACCUGUCUACGGGCGAGUGCCUGCACACUCUGCGCCAUCACAGCGAGGCUGUCCUUCAUCUACGCUUUCGCAACAAUAUCCUGGUGACUUGUUCGAAGGUCAGCCUCCCCACCUCCCGCCUUUCAUCUACUGCUGUUUCCGCCCCUUACCCCUCCCCGGGCCCCCUCUUCCAAUGGAGAGGCGUCAUUUCGACCUGUGUCUCAGGCUACGCCGGCACUGUUAGCACUGUGUCCUGACAUCCAGUCGAGUAGAUCGCAGCUGCGCUCUGUUGGCGCGGCUGUGUAGACGGGCUUCCGACGGGUAGUCAACUCUGCUGUACACCGUAGCUGCUGUCGUCGGUGCGCCCUAUAAUAACGAGGAUUUUCAUGCAUCCUUGUCCUGCUAAUUGUUUUGAAAAUAUUCAGCAGCAGACAUAAAUAAUGAUUUGUCUCUACAGACUUACCAUUUAUACCUUUUUUUCGAGAAUGACUCUGAUUAUCGAUACAAGCGGAGAUGCGAGUUCCAGGAACUAGUUGAUCAGAAGAAGAAGCGAUUGCUGGAACAAGGGCUUUAUUCACCUGACGUUUCGGAUUCUUACUUGAAUCCAUCAUCAGAGACAAUGGCAAAAAGGGGCCUCUGAUGACGGAUUCAAGCGAGAAUCCGAAACGUCAGGUGAAUAAAGCCCUUGUUCCAGCGAUCUCUUCUUCUUCUGGCGACUCUGAUUAAUCCAGUCCAAUCAGCCUUCUUAGGGUACGAUUCGAAAUAACAACUGCCUUUCGUACGCUCCACUCGUAUUUGUGCGCGUGCCGUUUGCGUUCAUAUUUUUUCACACUCUCAUGUCUACUAAAACAGCAUUUUACAUAAUCUGUCAUAUCUGUUCUGACUCCUCCCUGCGUCGGAACUUCGAGAACUGCAUAUAGCGGCUUCUGGUUGCUGACGACCAAUGCAGGUAGAAAAUGCGAUUUUCGUUUUCAGCCUCCAGACCUGGUGUCCGAUCACACCCAACUUUGCCCUGUUCUGACAUCCUGCCUUGUUGUUUGUUCUUUGUAGGAUCGCAGUAUCGCCGUGUGGGACAUGGGACCUUAUCCACAGGACAUCCAACUGCGCCAAGUGCUUGCAGGACACAGGGCAGCUGUCAAUGUGGUCGACUUUGAUGAGAAGUUCAUAGUAUCUGCCAGCGGUGAUCGUACGAUUAAGGUGGGUAGUUUUUCGACAACUCUGGGCAUGCCUACGUGUACUGCAAUCUGAGAUACUUAGUGGGCCAGUCUAGGCCGGGAGACACGAGGAAUAUGUAUGCCCUGCUUUCAGACUCUCCGCCAAUUACCGAUUUCAGCAAAUGCGUUUCAGCUCUGCACACUGCAGUGACUGGUGGAUGCUUGUGCGGCUAGGUUUUUAUGUUCUGCCUGAGGUAGGUGGCGUGCAUUCGGUUACUCCCUAUCUUACCUUCGGCGUUUCGGGCAGUCAUAUGGGUGUUCAUUUUAUUGCUAGUCUCAGAGCCCUUUAACUCUCAGGUCACGUGACGUGGGUGUCCUAGGAGCGUUAUCACGUUGACCUUUUAUACUGAAACCGUAGUUGGAUAAAAAAUUACAACAGGAGGCUGGGCCACGGAUAUGAGGGUCUACGACUUCACUUUCUGACUGGAAGUAUUCUGGUUUUUUUCUCACCUAAGAUCUCUCCGAAGUCAGUGCCAGUUUUGCACUUCCUGCCCUGCUACGAACUUAAUGGCUUUUUCUGCCGUUACUAGUUAAUUGGCCUUGUGCGGCCCUUCGCCCGUCUCAGAUCGACAUUCCCCUGUCUUAUCAUCGGUUAAGCUGUAUUCGGACGUGAGUCGCAAAUAUACGCACUUUUUUCACGGAUAUCUGUACACAAUUGGAGCCAGUUUUAUGCUUUUUCCCAUAGCUCUUUAUUUUCCUACUUUUGUUCAUCAUACCCGCCUUCGGUGCACUUAGGUUAGCGCGUGCUGUGGCUGCGCAAACUAAACCUACGUUUCUCGCGUGACGCGAUUCUCAGAAUGUCCUAGUAGUUUACUAAAGUGGCUCAAUAAGUGUUUUUUUGAAAUAUAUGGAUACCUGUGCCGUCGCAUAUGCUGCGCGCUCAACUUAGUACCUGCCGACCUUUGCUGGGCCGUCUGUUCGCACUUUAUUGCGAGACAGAGUACUCUGUCUCUCUUCCUGGGUAAUGACUGACCUGCAAUCUGCCCCCGCCCCCUGUCUUCACGCAUAGGUAAAAGCGCGUGACGCAUGUGGUAGACCGUCAACCCCACAUAAACAGAACCGGUCCAACUCUCUUCCCUCAUCCAUUAUCCCUUGAUGCUGAGUCACAGGCAGGCCGCUGAGGUCGGACUCGAUGUCCGACUUGACAGAAAGCUCACACGCGUGUACAACAGACUCAAAUGGGCUUGAAUUCCACAACGACAGGUUCCCUACCCUUCUCCUGGCAUACUACCCCAACCGGUGUGUACAAGCGUAACUAUUGAGUGCAGGGUCACUCCGAUGGCUGUAGCUACGGCCGUGGUGACCAUUUGUUUGUCUUGUAUAACAUGAGCCAGAAAUUCCGGAUUUCUAGGUCUUUUCUAUGGUUGUAUGUGUGUGAGAGAGAGGGUAUCAACACUAACUUAUUAACGCCUUGUCGGUAUUUCGUUCCCCCAUCUCGUAGGUCUGGACAACAGACACCGCCAAUCUCGUGCGAACGCUGACUGGCCAUCGGAGGGGAAUCGCCUGCCUUCAGUACAGGGCACCGCUCAUCGUCUCGGGCAGUUCGGACAACACAAUUCGCAUCUGGGACAUUGAGACCGGUGUUUGCUUCCGCGUGCUGGACGGUCACGAUGAACUGGUGCGUUGCAUCCGCUUCGACUCCAAGCGCAUCGUAUCUGGCGCCUACGAUGGGUAAGACAUGUUGCAUGAAUGGGUCCUGAGAAAUGAGUAGAUUAUUUUGACCCAUCUAUAAAAAAACUCGACAACUCGGUGGAAUUUGAACCAACGACAGCGAGGGGAAGGCCUGAGUAUAGCCAAUACUCUUCCUGCUUGAGCUUGGAGGCCCCACUGGGGGCCAUGAGUUUAAUCACGCUUUGGUCAGGUUACUUGACCAGUCUACUGAAACUUAUGGAAUCCACCAAAUCUGAUACAGUUAACUGGCUUCCCAAACAGAGUUUCCUACGCAGUUAAGGCGAAUGCGUCUGGUGUAUGUUGGUGCUCCAGGCUCUGGUUCACCAGUCUCUGUGCGAUGGAUUUGCAAGCGGCCGGUCAGACCGAUGUGUGUGGUGAACGUGCGGUGACUGUGGGCAGAUAGGUUACGGGAUGUUGGGUCAGUUGUUGUUGUGAUUCCACUAGUGGUGGUCGCCCCGGUCGAUUCGAAAUCGAUAGGACUAGGGAUGGAAGGGUUGGCAGAUGCGCCAGGUGUGUUAAGUGUGCCGAUACUGCGGUGACUUCCGCUGUUGUAGAUACGCACGUGAUCGAAUAGGUCCAUACGUGGAUAGUGUGGACAACGAAGGCAGAUGCGACGAGUGUAUGUGGGAAGUUCCUGGCCCUGUCGCGUCGCGACGGAUUCGCUAGUGACCGACCAGGCCAAUGCGUGAGGUGAAUGUGCGAACGCAGUGAGAACAAUCUAGAACCAAAUGCACAUCACCUGAGACUUGCGAGCUCUCCAUUUUGUUUUGGAGACUGCGAUCCGUUUGGCUUCAUACACUGAUGCUCCAGUCUUCACUGCCCUCUUCCAAGCUGGUCGACUACAUGCGGAGUCUUCCCAAGUCUUCGCGUUUAUUUGUAUUCUCUUCAAGGUGUCCUUGCAUCGGCUAGUUUGACUUCCUUGUCGACGAGCGCCUGUGGCGAAAUCUCCAUAGGAGAGUUGUUUUGGUGGGCACCCAUUGUCCAUCCCCACGAGGUGACCGUUCCAGCGUAGUUUCAGUUGUCUCAGCAUGGUCUGGAUGCGGAGGAUUCCAGUGCAUUCCAGAACUCCUGUGUCUGGGAUACUGUCCUGCAACCUCGGCUUUGGUAUCCGACGAAGACAACCGAAGUGGAAGUGGUUAAGUUUUCGCCUUUUCGAGAUGGCCGCCGGGGCGUUUGAGGAAGAUGAGAGCGAAGGUCUUCCCGACUAUGCGUAUUAGCUAUAUUUUUCUGUGGUCAUCACAGAGUUGCCGGUUCCCUUUCCGCCCAUAGAGAUGAACGAUUGCCGCAUCCUUGAAGUCCUGAGCAACUUGUCUCUGACGCCAUAUCUCCCGGAAUAGCGUUGUGAGUUUAUCCAUGAGCUGGGGGCCGCUGUGCUUGUGGACUUCGACCGGGAUCGCACUGAUUCCCGGUGCUUUCCUGUUGGAGAUUUAGUGCACAGCUCGGCUUGUUUCUGGGAGGGAAGACGGAAGAUCCAGAUCGUCGUUCGUCUUCACUUAAGGGAGUCGGUCGAUGGCGGCGUCAGGGAUUGUGGACGGGCGGUUGAGGACAAUUCUGAGGUGCUGGGCCCAGCGCUUCAGAAUCGUUGUUCCACGAGGCGGCGAUGGCGGGAGGCCUCCUUGUUUGCGUCGAUCAGGUGGUAUAUGUAGGCCCUAUACAACCUGUGCUUUUCAGCCAACAGGCUGUGGAUGUUUGCGUCGUCGUAGAACCAGUUCUGAUGUUGGCGACGUGCGCGUCCGAGGAGGUUUGAGGCAGUGGAUUCGAUGACUUUCCGCAGUUGACACCACUGACUCUACAUUUGCGUUGUCGUCCGGGGCCGGCACUUUUUCGAGGUGCUGAGCUAAUUGAUUGCUGAAAUGUGGGCGGUGAACAGACAAAUUCAAUAAAGCAGUAUUUAAUUUACCUGGUGGUCGCUUACCUUGUGGUCUCUUCCGGGAUUGCAGUGGGGGUGCGUGAUCUUGGACAUGACGAGGCGUUGAUCCGUCCAGCUGUCGGCGUCGCCUGCGCCGCGCCUCCCUGUCCUUGGACGGUCGCUCCAGAAGAUGUAGCCAGCGCCAACCUCCUUCAGUUGGCCUUGCUUUGAGAAUCGGGUCUUGCGGAGAGCAACGAUGUCCACCUUGCAGCUCGCCAGUUCUCAUGCGACUAGCGCCGCCUCCUGUUCCGGCCGCUUGCGCCUCGGUUUCUCUAACAGAACGAACAUUCUAGACUGUCAGAUUAAGCAGACUCACCUCAGCAUCCGGUGGGGCGGUGCGGUGGGGAGGUUGACGAGGUUGAUUGUUGUUUAUUGUGGUUUUUGACCGCGAUUUUUGCGUCUACGAGUCCCGGUAUAUUAGCGGACAAUGUGAUUUUCCGCCAUUUGUUUACGGCACAUUUUCUAACCCCUUCCCCAAACGUCGGGUAAGCAGUGCCAUCCCUAAAUAAGGCUGCUAAGACAUCCCAGACGACUGCCGAGCCUCACUAUGAGUCAUGGCCUUGUUUAGUGGAAGGGCGACCCGAGUUAGUCUGAGUCGCUCUGCCCCAAUUUAACCCCAAUUUAUUAUUUAUCUUUCAGGAAAAUCAAAGUCUGGAACCUCAAAGCCGCACUUAACUCCAGAUCCCGCACUAACCAGCUGUGCAUGCUAACCCUCCAUCAGCACACUGGUCGCGUCUUCCGUCUGCAGUUCGACGACUUUCAGAUUGUCUCCUCCUCGCACGACGACUCGAUCAUCAUCUGGGACUUUGUCAGCCCGACCGUGGGCCAGGAGGAGUGCGACGAUGGUUUUGCAGACGCGCCCUGGUGUGGCCAGCCAGUGCACAGUGGCACUAACCAAAGUGCAAACCCGGUGAACCUAUCCUCAGCCAUGACGACUGAACCAACUGGUAACGCCAUGGGUCCUGGGGACAAUGAACACGACUCCGCCUCUCAGGAUAACGGAAGCAUGUCACGGGGCUUCCAGCAACACCGCCAGGAAAUGGAUCGGCGACAGCAGCACCAUGAGUUCAUUGGCACCAAUGGUGAUCGCAUGAAUGACCUUUCAUCCUCUUCGCCCUCGCCAGAUCAUGGGCACUGA